UAUAAGAAAAACAAACAGGUUUUUAAUAAAGUUUUCUUAAUAUUUUGUUUUUACAAUAAUGGGAUGCGGUAUUAGCAGAGAAAAUUAUGCAGGAAAACAAAGAAAUGAAGAGAUAGAAAAUCAAUUGAAAAAAGAUAGGAUUACUCUAAGAAAUGAGAUUAAAAUGCUUCUUCUUGGAGCAGGAGAAUCAGGAAAAUCAACGAUUUUGAAGCAAAUGAAGCUGAUUCAUGAGGGUGGAUAUAGUAUAGAAGAACGGGAAUCAUUUAAGGAGAUUAUUUUUUCUAAUACUAUUCAGUCAAUGCGUGUAAUUCUUGAAGCAAUGAAUGCACUUGGUAUUUUGCUUGGAGACAUGCAAAAUGUGUGUCAUAUGCAGGUUAUUCUUGACCAGCCUAAUCAGAUUGAGGGAGAGUUUUUGCCUCAGGAAAUAGGGGAUGCUAUUGUGUGUUUAUGGAAGGAUUCAGGAGUACAGCAGUGUUUUCAACGGUCUCGUGAAUAUCAACUUAAUGACUCAGCUAAAUAUUAUUUUGAAGCGAUUGAUAGAAUUGCUAAUCCGAAUUAUUUACCUACAGACCAAGAUGUAUUACGUUCACGUGUAAAGACAACGGGAAUUACAGAAACGACAUUUAUUAUUGGAGAUUUGGUUUACCGUAUGUUCGAUGUAGGGGGGCAGCGUUCAGAGAGGAAAAAAUGGAUUCAUUGUUUUGAAAAUGUAACAACAAUUAUUUUCCUCGUCGCUAUUUCAGAAUAUGAUCAAUUGCUCCUUGAAGAUGAAACAGUAAAUCGUAUGCAUGAAGCACUUACACUUUUUGAUUCGAUAUGUAAUUCUCGCUGGUUUAUAAAAACAAGUAUUAUAUUAUUUUUGAACAAAAUAGACCUUUUCCGUGAAAAACUCCCUAUUUCUCCAAUGAAAAAUUAUUUUCCUGAUUAUACAGGAGGAGACAAUUAUAAUGCAGCAUGUGAUUAUAUUUUGAACAGAUUUGUUUCAUUAAACCAAUCUGAUGUCAAACAAAUCUAUACACAUUUUACGUGUGCAACGGAUAGUACUCAAAUAAAAUUUGUAAUGUCGGCUGUUAAUGAUAUUAUUGUACAAACAAAUUUAAGAGAUUGCGGUCUUUUAUGA